CUCUAUAGAAUCUCAAGAUUUCAUUCCCACUACAUAAUAAACCAGUGUGCAAACUGGUUUGAAGUGGUUUAAAUGGCUCUUUGUUUGCACUUGCACUGAAUCCCUGGCACAGUUUGUUGAGGGGGCCCUGGCAGUAGACCCAUUUAAAGCGCUUCUUCUGGAUCAGCUAAAUUCCCUGCAUCUUUUGCAAUACAUUUAUUCAGUGCUAGUGUGAACAAGCUGUGGAUUAGAAUUGGUUCCAGUGGCGUAGUCACCCCUAUGAGGCAACUCCAUGUUAAAUUGAUCCAUCGCUGAAUGUGAACACGAAGUGGAUUAGACUGAAACAGAUGCUGAUGAACUGCAACUCCUUUCAUCCCUUGCACUUGGCUGCAGGACCUAGGGUUGAUCGGAACUGAAGUCCAAGAACAUCUGGCUACUUGAAUUAAAGUGCAGAGAGCCAGUUACGUGCCUCAUGCUUGCUGUAAGCCAUGGCAACUGAUGAUAAAGUAGCCAUUUUAACAGAUGAUGAAGAAGAUCAGAAAAGGAAAUAUGUGCUUUCUGAUCCCUUCAAUGGGAUCUCCAAGGAGCAGGACCUACAAGCACAGAGUGAUACACCUUCAACAGACACCACUACUACCAUUCCAGACGAGGAACUAGAUUGGCUUGAAAGGCAUUGUGUCAAAGUGAACAAUGAUCUCUUGGUCUCAAAGGUCUUUUAUUUUUUCUUUUAUGCUGCUUACGGUUCCCUCUAUCCACUGCUGCCCGUCUAUUACAAACAGCUGGGCAUGACACCUAGCCAGAGUGGACUCCUGGUGGGAAUCAGGUACUUCAUUGAGUUCUGCAGUGCUCCUUUCUGGGGAGUGGUAGCAGAUCGCUUUAAAAAGGGGAAAGUUGUCCUCCUCUUCUCGCUCUUGUGUUGGGUGUUGUUUAAUUUGGGAAUCGGAUUUGUCAAACCAGCUACCUUAAGGUGUGUACCAAAGUUCCCAGUGCCAGUACAUCCUACCAAUGCCAGCCAUUUUUCAACAACAACCCCACAAAAUGUCUCCAUCUCUCCUGCACUGCCUGCCAUGGGAGUUACAUCAGCAAAGGGCCGAGGGAAAAGAGAUCUACAGCCAACCUACAGCUUUCCAACUCUGAGCUCAACUAUGCCUGCGGAUACUGAACCUGUCUCCCUUCCAAUGGCUCAUAGUGGAAAUGGGGUUCCUCCUUUACAGGAAGAUGAGGGUGUAGUCACUGAGAAUGCUCCCAAAAAUAUUGUUACCAUAAGCUCCUUGGGAAAUGCAACCCAUGCUACAGCGGUACCUGCCCUCACCACCAAGGCAGUAUUUUCUGAUCGAGUUACUCUUGUUUAUGACCAUCAGGAAGUAGAGGCUAUCUUUCUGCUCAUCCUUCUGGUUGUUAUUAUAGGAGAGUUUUUCAGUGCCUCAUCAGUUACUAUUGUAGACACUGUGACCUUGCAAUAUCUUGGCAAGCACCGAGACCGUUAUGGGCUACAGCGGAUGUGGGGCUCCCUAGGCUGGGGUCUAGCCAUGUUGUCAGUGGGAAUUGGCAUUGACUCUACCCGUAUCGAUGUGUUUAUGGAAGGUCAGGGCUGCAAAGCUCCAGAAUACAAGAACUACCGGAUUGUUUUCAUUGUCUUUGGCGUGCUGAUGACCCUUUCUUUGAUUGUGGCAACUCAGUUCCGGUUCCAUUACAACCACUACAAGCAAGAAGAAAAUGAAAACAAAGAGGCAGAGGUCACCCAAAUGGAUAGAAAUUCUUCCACAGACUCUUCCAAUGAGACACACAGCAACACCAGCCAACUGCAGUCUUUUCAUUUCUGGGACUUGAUAAAGUUACUUUGCAGCAUCCAGUAUGGCUCUGUACUAUUUGUCGCUUGGUUUAUGGGCUUUGGAUAUGGCUUUGUGUUCACUUUUCUCUACUGGCACCUGGAAGAUCUGAAUGGCACCACCACCCUUUUUGGAGUCUGUUCUGUCCUGAGUCAUGUGUCUGAAUUGACAGCCUAUUUCUUCAGUCACAAGUUAAUAGAGCUGAUUGGCCAUAUCAGAGUCCUGUAUAUCGGCCUUGCCUGCAACACAGCUCGUUAUAUUUACAUUUCUUAUUUGGAGAACGCUUGGACUGUUCUGCCAAUGGAAGUACUUCAAGGUGUGACCCAUGCUGCCAUCUGGGCAGCUUGCAUUUCUUAUCUAAGUGCUGCAGUGCCUCCAGAAUUGAGAACCUCGGCUCAAGGUAUCCUGCAGGGUCUUCACCUUGGCCUAGGCAGAGGAUGUGGAGCAAUGAUUGGAGGAGUGCUGGUCAAUUAUUUUGGGGCUGCAUCAACAUUCAGAGGGAUAGGAAUGGCCUGUCUUGUGAUCCUCUUGCUUUUUGCUUUGAUCCAGUGGCUGGCAGUUCCUGAUGAGAAGGAAGAAAAGACUAUGCUGGCAGAAAGGAUCCCUGUGCCUUCAAGCCCUGUGCCCAUUGCCACGAUUGACCUUGUGCAGCAACAGAUAGAAGACAUCAUGCCUCGCCCCGAACCCAGGCUGCCUCCCAAGAAAACAAAGCACCAAGAGGAGCAAGAGGACACCAACAAGCCCGCCUGGGGAAUCAGCUCUUCUCCCUGGGUUACUCUCGCCUAUGCUCUCUAUCAGAUAAAGGAGAUGGUUCAGCUCUCCAAAAGCAACCAGGCCCUUGAGAACCAGCCUUUGCAGGCAGCCAACAAUAGUCAUGGCUCUGCACCAGGCAGCCCUCUGGAUCAAAGGAAUAGUGACGUAUCCAGAGAACCUCCCGUACCUACAGCAACUCUCGAAGACCACCCCAGCCCAGAUUGCCCAGUUCCUUCGGAGAAUACUGCUCAGCCUCAAAAGGAAGGGUGCGAAUAAGACUUGGUUUUGCAUUUACCAUUGCAUUGAAUCUUGCCCUUGUGUUCCGAGAAAUGCCGAAACGGGAGCUUGAAAUUGCCACUCCCUUUACCUCAGUGAUGGUAACCUGAUGCAGCACAUGCUUUUGAAAUAUUUAAGGCCUUUUCUGUGGCAAAACCUGACAGGCCUGUUUUCAGGAAGGACUAUAAUGCCUAGAAAGGGUAGGCAGGAAAAGAGACUGAGUUAAUAAUAGCUAGCAAAGGAGCUCAGAAAUCUAUUUGAACACUCCUGCAAUCUAUAUGGAGAGGUGAUUUGAAGUCCAUUUUUGUAAAAACAACCAACCUUCACUUAGUGAUAUUUGAUAUAUUUUGGGGAAAAUAUGUUUUCACUAAAAGAAAAUGCUUGCUUCAGUUUCUGAGGAAUGGAAAGCUGCAUUCCAUUUCCUCUUGCUUGAGGCAAAUAAUAUUUUUAAUUUAACUGUUGAGGGAAGGGAAGAAGAGGAAAAGCUCUUAGCUGGUUUUCUUCAUCUACUUUAAUUUAUUAGGAAGCAAGGUGGCUUCCUAUAAGAAAAGGUGCACAAACUACUGAAGCACCUGAGGAAAAUACAAUAGUUACAUGUCUAAAUGAAGGAGCAGCAUAGAAUUCUGUCUUUUGUAAAGACUUCUCUGAAAUGUUGAAUAGCUUUUGGCUGUUGAAAGUCCCUAGUUAAAUGGUUGUUUAGAAUCUCAAUCAAAACCAAUAUAUUUUAUUUCACAGUGGUCUAAAGCUCUUUAUUUAAUUGAGGGAGUUAUAAUCUUUAUUUACAGAGUGUAUUUAAAGUGCCUGGGGGCUGGGGAAGUGAGGGAUAUAAUUCUUGAGAGUCUAGGUUAAGGAAAGACAAUAUUGGUAAUAUAAACAUAGUGGGAUGGAGAGACUAUCAUCAUAGGCUAUGAAAAAUUUAUCUGCUGUUUUGGGUGUUUUACACCAGUGCUGUUAGUCAAAACACUGACAUUUUCACAUCUUCUGUUUAAUGCCGCCCUGCCCUUUUCGGUGUUAGUUGAACCAAGUUCUCUUACAUGCAUGUUAAGUCUGGCUAGGAAAAGAAAUGUUAGCCCUUUGGAUCAGAGGGUGUCUGUUAAAAGCUUUCUAUUUCAUUAGGCACCUCUCAUUAAAGAAUAGACGUUCACAUUGCCUUCUCUAUGAGACAAUAUGGCACCAAGCCAGGGCCUUUUCACAUCAGAGUAUAGUGCGAUGAUUCCACUUUAACUAUCAUACCUGCAUCCUGUGGAAUCCUGGGCCUGGUUGUUUAGCAAUAGCAAGUACAUUUCUUGUUGCAUAUUGUUUGGUAAGAGGCACCAGAGACACUUCCUGGGUGAUAACUUCAAAUACUCUUCCCCCUAAACUGCCAAUCCCAGGGUUCCAUGGGAGGUUACUGUAGAGUAAAAGGAUCCCAGGUGACAAUAGUUGAUUCUAACCCCAAUGUACCACAGGCAAGCUAAUAAAUGUCCUGGCACUCAUCUUUGUUCAUUGCCCCAUAGUGGUUACUGGGAAAAGGCAACCAAGUAUCAUUCCUUGUAAUCAAAAUCAAAUUAUAGCUACAGGAGACUAGUCCUUUGGAAAGACUAACAGAAAUAAACUGCACUUAGAAUAAGAUGUCAGAUACACAGAUCAGGGUCUUGUUUUUGUUUAUAAGCAAAACUGCAUGUCGCCUUAUUUGGUCUUGAAAGCAGAGCAUGUGAACAGGCAUGUGAGGAAGAAAAAGGCAUGGGUGGCAGAAGUCCAUAUCCCUCAACCAGCCACACGGAGUAUUGAAAAAUGUUCUCAUUGCAUAAGCCUUAAGAGACUGUAACAGGCUUUAUCCAUGGAUACUUGGGACCAAACACCAGAGAAUAGUCACUAGCUAUUUUUUGCACUUCAACUUAAAUGUACUGUACUGUAAAUUUCUCAUGACUUGUUUAAGUGUCCUUUCAAAAACAAAAUCAGAAAUGUAUUUAUUAUAUGUUCAUAUAUCUAUGAGGGAGGAUAGAAUAUAAAGUACCAAGAAGAGGUAGCAAACAAAAAUGGUUAUUCAUAAACAGAAUGAAAUAUUAAAAACCCUCUUUCGGCUAAUGUGUAGAGAAUUCACCUGGUAAAAGCUGUAGUGAUAAUCUUUAAUGUUCAGCACCAGAAUUGUGAAGCAUUGAACUUUUGCAUUAUGUUUACACUCCAGAAAUUGUCUAUUAAACCUUUUCCUUCAUUA